CGUCAGGGAGCCCGCGGAGUCGUGGAUAAGUUGUGGUUAAAACCUAUCAGAUAUGUUGCUGCAAAGCAACAAGCUGUUCAUGAAGGUUUUCUGGUAUCAGCUAUUGACUCUCAAGAACACAAGACCAGAAUUGAAUACACGAUGUUUCACAAGCACUAACCAUCCAAAACGUCGAAGGCGAGUUGUGAUUACUGGGGUUGGCCUAGUGUCUCCACUUGGAGUUGGCACUCAACUAACGUGGAGCCGCAUCCUGAAAGGAGAGAGUGGUAUUAUUUCUUUGGAUAAGUCACAAUAUAAAGACUUGCCUUGCACUAUAGCUGCUUGUGUGCCUCGUGGUGACAGGGAGGGAGAGUUCAAUGAAGAAAUGUUUGUUUCAAAAUCUGAAAGAAAGUCUAUGUCAACUGCUACAGUAAUGGCAAUAGGAGCAGCAAAUCUUGCACUCGAAGAUUCUGACUGGUAUCCUCGGUCUGAACAGGACCAGCUCAACACUGGAGUUGCUAUUGGUAUGGGUAUGGUCCCGCUUGAUGAAAUCAGCAAUACGGCUGUGAUAUUAGCAACCAAAGGUUAUAAAAGAGUGAGUCCCUUUUUUGUUCCCAGGAUUCUUCCCAACAUGGCAGCUGGACAUAUCAGUAUUAAAUAUAAACUUAAAGGUCCAAAUCAUGCAGUAUCGACUGCAUGUACCACAGGAACUCAUGCUAUUGGGGAUGCUUCAAGAUUAAUUCUCCACGGGGAUGCAGAUGUGAUGCUAGCUGGUGGAACCGAGGCCUGCAUUAACCCAUUAUCUAUCACAGGCUUUGCAAGAGCACAUGCUCUCUGCACCAGCUUCAAUGCUACCCCCAAAUUGGCUUCACGUCCAUUCCACCCUGACAGAGAGGGGUUUGUAAUGGGAGAGGGGGCGUCAGUGCUGCUACUGGAGGAGUAUACGCAUGCUACAAUGAGAGGAGCACGAAUCUAUGCAGAGAUACUUGGUUAUGGACUCUCUGGGGAUGCCAAUCAUAUAACCUCUCCCAGCGAUGGAGGAGAUGGAGCAAUCAGAUGUAUGUCAGCUGCAAUGAAUGAUGCUGGAAUAACACCAGAGGAUGUUACAUACAUCAAUGCCCAUGCCACCUCCACACCACUAGGGGAUGCAGCUGAAAACCAAGCCAUCAAGAGAUUGUUUAAAGAACAUUCACGUUCCCUUGCUGUGUCUUCCACUAAAGGAGCCACUGGUCAUCUCCUAGGGGCAGCUGGAGCCAUAGAAACUGCAUUUACAGCCCUGGCCUGCUUUCAUGGGAUCGUUCCUCCGACAUUGAAUCUUGAUAAGACUGACCCUGAUUUUGAUUUGAAUUAUGUUCCUAUAACAGCCCAAGAAUGGAUAACUACGAAAAGGCGUAUUGCACUGACUAAUUCAUUUGGAUUUGGAGGCACUAAUGCAACACUCUGCUUGGGGAGUGUCUAAUCAUGUUUUAUAUUAACAAAUAAUGGAAAAGUGUAUUGUCUAGCUGUACAUUUCAGAAAGUUCGGAACAUCUGAAAAAGCCGUGAAACGUUGGUCCAGGAAUAUCUAUCACUGGGACUCCGUCAUCAUAACAAGGACAUAGAGUCAAAUGUUAACAACAAUGAGUGACAAUGCUAUUCUGGAUAACUUCAUUCAUUUUUUUUCCAUUGGCAACUGUAAACAUCUUCAUCCAUGAAUCAAAAGAACAAAAAUGGCGUUCCAUGCUUUGUGUUUAUCAUUAUGGCACUUUUGU